CACAUGACCACUUAACUUGUUUUUUGUUUAUGAAUUAUUUGUCUGUUAAAGUGCAAAUAAAAAUAAGGGUCCCUGAAUUUUUGUUGACCAACGAAUCUGAAUAAUGCCGAGACAAAUUGUUGAAUGACAAAUUUCCCAGCAGAAUGUGAACAUACAAUUGAACUAAUAAGUGGAUUGAGAGGAAAUAGGAGGUUAUGUUUAAGUCAUACAAACCUUUGUAAAGCAGAAUAAAUAUUGAUAGUAAUAAGAAGAGUUGAAACAUUAUAAAUAAAAUGGAGGCGACCGGUAAACAACUCCUGGAUGUCUUGACCUGCUCACAUCCCUUCAGCAGUGAAAAAUCCCUAGCUCACCUGGAAAACGCUAUUUGUCAAUAUACAAAGUUUCUGGAAAAGUCGGUAAACCAGCAAACGGACAGCAGAUUCACCGGAUGUGAAAGUACAAUCGAUGAGUCACAGUACGGUAAAAUCCUCCGGACAUUUCUCUCAACUUUCGACGAAAAUUUUAGUAUUUUGAAACAGCGACUUAAUACCGCGAUCCAAAAGUUAAUGAUCAUCAAGGGCUGUAAUUUUCUCAUGCUCCACGAACUGUUGACUUCCAUCAGUGAAUAUCUUAAAGGAUCGACCCAAGAAGACGCCGUCCAGUACAUGAUUUUACUGCUUGAGAAAAUACUGAAAAGUGACGCUUUAUUAUCUUCUCUAGUUUCCAUUUGCAAAGUUCAACCUGUGAACGAUCUGGAAAGGGACCAGUGUGAGGAAGCUCGUAGAGAUUGCAUUCAACUGGUCAUUUCAUUACCGGUAAAAGUUUCGAAUAAAGCAAAAGGUCGAGUACCUGAAACUUUUUCCAUCCGGAAUUUCUCAAAAAUUAUUUCAUUUCAAAUUGUUGGUGCAAUCAAAUCGCUGAGUGAAGAGCGCAAUAAACGUACCACCGUUUGUGAUGUAAAAGCACUUUCGUUGUUUAUUAGCAAACUCUUGUCGAAUUAUGGAUCUGAAAAUUUUGGAGAAUUGAUCAAAAUUAUGGUGCGUCUGUCACUGGAAGAUAAAAACUCAUUAAGACAAUUAAUUGAAGAUAUUUUGAUGAAUAUUUCGAGAGGGAGUAUUCCAUCAGUUGCAGUGCUAUUAUUGGAAAAUAUUGAAGAUCCAAACCAUAUUCAAACGAUUUUUGGGAACUUGAUGAAACACGAAAACUGGAAAUUCGUUCUCACGAAGAAAUUCUUGUUUUUUUCGUAUUUUAAGAGUAACAAAAUAGUUAUAAAUUUGAUUAAUUGUUUGUUAUGCGAGGAUUCAGAGCGAAAUUUUGUUAAUUUAAUUACUAAACUGUUGGAUAUUUGGGGUGAUAAGAGUGCGUUAAAUCAUACAUCUCAGGAACAACAAGAAUUUAUAACAAAAAUCAUCCUGUUACUGAUAAAAAAAGGAAACGGAAGAUUGAAAUCAAUAGAUAAAGAUUCAAUUCGAGAGUUACUGAUUGCUGGAACUUCAGCUCAUUUGGAAAGUAUGCAUCUAGAAAUUAGAGCGAUUGGUAUGAUAACAGGUGAAUUAAUUAUUAACUAUUUUGAUGCACCGGAUAGACCAACAUUGAAAUAUGACUAUGAAUCAAUGCCAAAAGAAGGAGUAAACAUCGUUUCGAAAUUGAAAAAAUUUUGGAGCGAAGAAUUCGACAGAAGUUAUGAUUUUUCAUCGGAUAAAAACGUAACAUCUGAUGUGUUAAUUAGAAAGUUGGGUGUGAAAUCAACAAUUUUAUCGGAAAAUGAGACGAUAAAUGUCAGUAACAAGGAAAUCCCGGAAAUUAGUGAUUACACAACUGAUAAUAGUCAGGAAGAUAAGGCUGAUGAUGAAAUAAUAAAAGGGAAUAGUCAGUUGUGCUCAGGUGAUGAUGCCAAUGAGGAGAGUUUAGAUAGCGAUGACGACUUAAUCCCUUACGACAUGUCAAACGACACAAAAAGUCAUGAAAAUCAUCGACCCAUGUACCUGCGGGAGUUGAAAGAAAAUCUUGUCGAUCGAACUGAUACCACUGAUGGCAGGAUUUUUGCGGAGACUCUCGAAUGUUCUGAAAAACUUCUGAAGUCUCAACUUCCAAACGAUGAUUCAUCAUUGGGCCUUGAGUUGCUUGCUCUCUUUUCCAAGUUAACAGAAACCACUCACGUAGAGAAUUUCCAGGCUCUAAAAUUCAGGGCCUGUGUGACGAUAACUAAAAUUCACCCCAAAGUAUCAGCUGAAUAUUUAUGUCGAGAAUUCCAUGCACCAUUGGGACGAAACUCUGUCAGCGAUAGAUUAUUUUUUUUGAAUGUUCUGCAAGAAGCUGCUCGACAACUAUCAAAAAUUGAAGUGAAUGAAACCGAAUCUGGAACGGAAAUGAAUUCGACGAAUGUCGGAAGAAAAAAUCAAAUAAAAUCGGUAGCAAAACCAAUUUCUUUAUUUCUCAAUUCGGAAGUUGGAAAAAAAAUUGAAACUUUGUACGACGAUGAUGACUUUCAAAUCUGUCAAAAUUUUGAUGCCGAAAACUUCGUGAAGAUGAAAGAGAAUCAAUCGAUUAUUGCACGAAGGACUGGAUCGAAGAGCAGAGUAAUUGCACAUCCCUCGAAGCGUUCACCGACGACAAUAAAUAAAUUCAAUGAUGUGGCAUCGUAUUUUUUCUAUCCUCUCUUCUAUGGAUUAUCAGCAGGAAAUCAAAAUAUUUUUAAUACUCCGAGACAUUUUGAGGACCACAGCAAUCUCCUGUUAAUUAAUUUUAUAAAAACACUGUCAACAAUUAUGGUGGCUGCCGAAAAUUGCACAGUCGCUCCAAAAAUGGCUCGGGAAUUAUUAGAAUUUGCCUGGACCAUGCGAUUCCACGAACAGGAUAUGGUAAAAUAUUGUAUCAUAGAGAGUAUCGCUGCUGUGUUUGUUGUAUCAAAAUCAAAUUUUACUGACGUAAUUAUCGAUUUAUUGCUAGAGCUUCGAACAUGGCUCACAGAUAUAUGCGAUGAAUCAUCGAAAGGAGAAUCUUCCGACCAAUGUAGAUCAAUGGCAAUCAAUGUUAUCAAUUUAAUUGACUCCCUCUUCCCCCGGAUGUAAUAAAAAAACUAAUAAAUUUGUUGAACAAUUUAAAAA